AUGGACGAAAAAAUCGCACAGCGGCUGUGCCACAUGCUGGCAAGCUGCGAGGAGGCAACGCGCCAACGCGCCUUGCGCAGCAUCGAAAAGCUGUUCGCCCAGACUACGGAGAAGGUUGACGAACUGCUUCUGCUCAAAAUCUGCAAGGCGCUCUACUAUAUGCUUUGGAUGACCGAUAAGCCGCUCAAGGUGCGGAAGGUAGCGGUCACCAUCGUAGAGGCCCAGAGCCGGUUUGCGGACCGAGCUAACCGGAUGCACUUCUUCUCCUGUCUAUUCAGGUCUAUGUCUAUGGAGUGGCCGCUCCUAGACAAGCACCGGCUCGACAAGAUGCUGCUCUUCGUGCGCAUCGUUGUUGCAUCGCUGCUGGAUGUGCUGAACGGCGGGCGCUGGGAUAUGGGUGAGAUGCGAGAAUUCGCAAACAUCGUGCUAGACAAGCAAGGCAUUUUCAACAAACGAAGUUUGGGGCUGGCCUUCCAGUUCAUACAGGUGUUUUGGGAGGAGUUCCGUGAGAACCGGGAAGGGCUGCUAAAGAAAAACGAAUUCGUCGAGCUCAGCGAUGCGGCCUUCCUCCAGCUGAUGGCACCGUACCUGCAACUACUGGUUACCCUGGAUAACAAACAGGUGCUAAACACAUUGGACAUGUACAUCCUGAAACCAGCGGCGACCGUUCCCGGAAUGCCCGUGCAGGGCUUCCUACUCGCGUGCGCAAAGCUUGCCGAGAGCACCGUCAUUCGCGGCUCGGCGCGCAAGGUGCUAAAACAGAUACUUAAGGAGCACGAAAACACGGAUGAUGCUGGGCAAGAACUGCAAAAACAGGUCGACGAGACUAUUGCGGCCAUUGAAGCCGCUGUGGUGGAGAUCCGGCAGGCGGACGGCGAGAGCGUCGCGGCCACCACUGACGCACAGGGUAGCACCGACAGCACAGGCGCUGUGGCGGAGCUCAGCGGAGAGAGCGAUGACGUUGACGGCGAGUUGUCUGAUGGGAGCGUUGAGGAAGGCGACUUUGAGAUGGUGCCCCAGCUUGAGGACGUAUCGGAGGAAUUGCAGGCCGACGUGCCUGAAGAAGAUAUCGAAUUGGACUCUGGCGAGGGUUUCGUCAGCCUUGCCGAGGCCUUUCUUCCCCGAUUAUCGAAAAAGGGACUGGGGAAGCACCUGCGGGAAGUCGCCACCCUGGACAAGGUGCGCAAGUUCAUGAUCGCGUCGGGAAUAGAGGACCACGAGAUGCUGAAAAGGCUGAACUCCCCUAAAAUGCGCAGGCAGCUGCAGCUGCUGGCGCUUCACUCCAUCCGCUGCCUCAACCCGGACCGGAGGUUCAAGUGCGCGCGGAAGUUGAACCGUAUCGUGAACAUCACCGAAACUUCGGAGGCCCUGCCGAGCCGGAGGCGGUCGAUCGACAUCGCAAAGGCGAUACACAACAUCAAGUUCGUUAAGCCUGAGAAGUCCAGUCUGCGCAAGCGCGACAGGCCAGAAAAUGAACCGAAAAAACGUGUCGUUUUCAACCUUAAGAACAACCAGGUCGCCACUAUACCGAAGAGAACGAAGAGCACGCUGACGAUGCCAAUGUGGUACUGA